AUGCCCUCGCGGCGUAUCCAGCUCUUCUUCUGCGCUGCAGCUCUCUUCCUGAUCUCUCUCUGGACCUACCCGGCCAUCCUCCGCUCCUUUUCAACCCUCCGCUCCUUCACCCUCACCACACUCAACCCUCGUCCCUCCGUCGACCCCCGCGAAACCCUGAAUGUCUUCGACCACAUCUAUGUCAUCUCACGCUCCGUUCGCAACGACCGCCGCACGACCAUGGAGCAGCUACGCUCCGCUCUCGGCCUCCGCUGGGCCUACGUCGACGCCACCGAGUUCACCGACCCCUCCAUAGCCCGCAAGGCCCAGUGCGUCCGCGACGUCCGCGCACAUGCCCUCCAGGCCACGAUCGACUGGCCGAGCGUGGAGGACCUCGAGGCCUGGGACGACAACCUCUCUCGCUUGCGCGGUCCUCCCCCACCGGGCUCUCCCGAGCCCUUCUGCCCGCCUUGGGAGACCCCUUCGUCCGAUCCGUCCGCACAGCAGACCCCGCUCACCUGCGCCGAGCGCGAUUCCGCCCUUGGCGUUCCCUGGUCCGAAGACCUCCGCGACCACCAGAUCAUGACACUCGCCAAGAUUGCGUGCUACACGUCGCACAUGGACGCCGUGGAACGCUUCAUCCAGUCCGGAGGCGAGGCCGGGCUCAUUCUGGAGGACGACGUCGACAUGGAAUCCGACAUCCACGAGCGGCUCAGCGGUCUCUGGCAGACACUGCCCGCAGAUUGGGACAUGGUGUGGCUAGGUGAGUCACUGCUGGUCCAACGAGACCCGCCACCCCGCCGUCCCCGCCCCGCCCCACGCGCCGACGCUCCCAACGCCCUCCACCCCUCCACCCACCCGCUCUGCACACACGCCUACGCGCUCUCCCGCGCCGGCGCGCGCCGCCUCCGCGCGCACUUCCGCUUCCCCCCCUUCGCGUACGGCCGCGCGUUCGACCAGGCCGCCGGCUGGCUCGCCGAGCGCGGCGACCGCCUCCGCUCGUAUACCGUCGUGCCCCCGCUCGUCGUCCAGGCCAAGGUCUCCCUCUCCGACCUCGACCGCGGCGACGACGGGCUCGGGAGCGCCUGGCGCGACACGCUCGACGACGGCGUGCUCGCCCGGAUCUGGGCCGCGGAGGCGCGCGCGGCGGCGGAGGGCGAGGGCGCCGCGUUUGACGACCUGGGAUGA